GGGGAAGAGGGCCCGGCGUUCCCAGUUGGAAAGCCAAGGGGGUCCGGCCUCCGCGGCCAUGGCCCGGGCCGGAGCCUGGGGUCGCCUCAAGUCCCUGCUGAGGAAGGACGAGGCCCCCCUGUUCCUCAACGACGCCGGCGCCUUCGACUUCUCGGACGACGUGGGGGCCGAGGAGGACGUGCCCGGGUUCAACCAGCUCCGCGUGGUGGUGUCGGACGAGGGGCCCGAGGCGGCCGCCAACGGGGACCGUCCGGCCUCCCGGGGGGACGACGGCGACGACGACGACUCCCUGCUGGACCGGGGUUGCCCCCCGCCCGCCGGCCAGCGGGCUCCCGGGGGAGACCCCUGUGACGCCUGCGGCCGGCAGGAAGACCUGCUGAGACAGAAGAAAGUGAAAACCAGGCUGGCCCUGGCCGCCCUCCUCUACCUCCUCUUCAUGGUCGGGGAACUUAUAGGUGGGUAUAUUGCCAACAGCCUAGCGAUCAUGACAGACGCCCUUCACAUGCUCACGGACCUUAGUGCUAUCAUCCUCACCUUGCUGGCUUUGUGGCUGUCUUCAAAAUCGCCAACCAAAAGAUUCACCUUUGGAUUCCACCGCUUGGAAGUGUUUUCGGCGAUCAUUAGCGUCCUUUUGGUGUACGUACUCAUGGGUUUCCUCCUGUUCGAAGCCGUGCAAAGGACUCUCCACCCGAAUUAUGAAAUUAACGGAGAUGUGAUGCUCAUAACGGCUGCAGUUGGGGUCGCAGUCAACAUAAUAAUGGGAUUCCUGCUGAACCAGUCCGGCCGCCGACACGCUCAUGCCCACGCGCCUCCGUCCCACCGUCGUCCUCCAGAUUCGGGGCAGGGCCAGGGCCCCGGGCACGACAGCCUGGCAGUGAGAGCGGCCUUCGUCCACGCCCUGGGGGACUUAGUACAGAGCAUCGGGGUGCUGGUGGCCGCCUACAUCAUCCGCUUCAAGCCAGAAUACAAGAUUGCGGACCCUAUCUGCACUUAUAUAUUCUCAGUACUUGUGGCGUUUACGACACUGCGAAUCAUAUGGGACACUGUAGUAAUUAUACUGGAAGGGGCGCCCAGCCACUUGAACGUAGAUCAUAUCAAAGAAGUCUUGAUGAAAAUCGAAGAUGUUUAUUCAGUGGAAGAUCUAAAUAUCUGGUCUCUCACCUCAGGAAAAACAACCGCCAUCGUGCACCUACAGCUCACUCCAGGCAGUUCUCCCAGGUGGGAGGAAGUCCAGUAUAAGGUCAGACACUUGUUGCUGAACACAUUCGGGAUGUACCAGUGCUCCGUCCAGCUUCAGAGCUACAGGCCGAAAAGGAACAAAACCUGCGCGAACUGUCUGAGCAACUUCAGUGCCUAAUUUUGUACCCGGAGG